AUGAUGGCCACAUUCAACCUGAGCAGCUUCAAUCCAGGCCCUUUCAUCCUACUGGGAAUCCCAGGGCUGGAGGAGUUCCAUGUCUGGAUUGGGAUUCCCUUUUUUAUUAUCUACCUUGUGGCCCUUGCAGGCAACAGUGUCCUUCUCUACCUUAUUUCCACGGAGCGCAGCCUUCAUGAGCCAAUGUUCCUUUUCCUCUCCAUGCUGGCUGCUACAGAUCUCAUCCUAUCUAAUACAUGUGUACCCAAAACAUUCAGCAUCUUCUGGCUAGGUCCUCAGGAAAUCACCUUUCCUGGAUGCCUUACUCAAAUGUUCUUUCUCCACUAUAGCUUUGUCAUGGAUUCUGCCAUCCUGUUGGCCAUGGCAUUUGAUCGCUAUGUUGCUAUUUGCUUCCCCCUAAGAUAUACCUCUAUUCUUACCCGCCAGAUUAUUACUAAAAUUGUAAUGGCUAUUGUCAUCAGGAGCUUUUGCAUCAUCUUCCCAUGUGUGUUCCUACUAAAGCGACUACCUUUUUGCCGAACACUCAUCAUUCCCCACACAUAUUGUGAACACAUAGGCAUAGCCCAACUUGCCUGUGCGGACAUCUCCAUCAACAUCUGGUAUGGCUUUGCUGUGCCUAUAAUGACUGUUACAUCAGACUUGAUCCUCAUUGGCAUCUCCUACACUCUUAUCCUUCAUGCCAUCUUUAAUCUUCCAUCCCGAGAUGCCUGCCAGAAAGCCCUUAACACCUGUGGUUCCCAUGUUUGUGCCAUUCUUAUAUUCUACACACCAGCAAUGUUCUCUGUCCUCACCCACCGUUUUGGUCACAAUAUACCUCACUCCUUCCACAUACUAACUGCCAACCUCUAUAUAGCCAUCCCUCCUGCACUCAAUCCAAUCAUCUAUGGGAUGAAGACCAAGCAGAUUCGGGAAAAAAUCAUCCUACCCUUCUUCCCUAAAGGAAACCAGUGA